AUCGAAUAUCGAUCGGCGGACUGAAUGUAGGUAGUGUACAGUCGACAUUCGACGUCUUGCGUUUCGUGUUGUUUGACGCGGAUGAAACUGUGAUUCGUAUUGUAGAAAAUUAAAAUGCUAAAAUAAUAUAAUAAAAUUUUAAUUAUUUAAAAUGGCUUUGUAUAGUUUCGUGUGUUUUUCUCUUUUAUUAACGGUGUCUGCAGAGUUCCAGUGGAAACAUCAUAACAAUGAAGAACUACCCUUGGUUUUACAAGAAGUACAUAAUAACUGCCCGAAUAUAACUAGAAUCUAUGCAUUAAGUGAGCCCUCAGUUUGCAAUGUUCCCUUGUAUGUCAUAGAAUUUGCACAGGUUCCUGGUUUUCAUCGACCGUAUAUACCAGAAGCCAAAUAUAUAGGGAAUAUUCACGGAAACGAAGUUCUGGGUCGAGAGCUGCUUUUGGGAUUGGCACAUUAUCUUUGUGAUCAAUAUAGGAAAAAUGAUCCUGAAAUAAAAGCUCUGAUUACUAAUACCAGAAUCCAUUUGUUACCAUCAAUGAAUCCUGAUGGAUGGCAACUUGCCACUGAUACAGGUGGAAAAGAUUACUUGAUAGGCCGAACAAAUAAUCAUGAAGUGGAUCUCAACAGAAAUUUCCCAGACUUAGAUGCUAUUACAUUUGACUUUGAACGCCAGGGUCUUAGCCACAACAACCAUUUAUUGAAGGAUCUCACUCAAUUGAGUGCUCCUCUGGAGCCAGAAACAAGAGCUGUUAUGCGCUGGAUUAUGUCUACACCAUUUGUAUUGAGUGCUGCAAUACAUGGAGGUGACUUGGUUGCUAAUUACCCAUAUGAUGAGAGCAAAACUGGAGCUUCGGCCGCAGAGUAUUCUGCAAGUCCAGAUGAUGAAACCUUCAGGGAAUUGGCAAUGACUUAUGCAUUGGCCCACGCGGACAUGGCGUCGCCGACCCGUAGGGGAUGCCAUACCACUAGUAGUGACGAUGUCUCAUACAACUUCGGCAAACAGGGCGGCGUGACCAAUGGAGCGGCUUGGUACAGUUUAAAAGGAGGGAUGCAAGAUUUCAACUAUUUGGCAACGAAUGCUUUCGAAAUUACACUGGAACUGGGCUGCGAAAAAUAUCCGUCAGCUGAACUUUUAGAAACCGAGUGGAACAGAAAUCGCGAAGCGCUCUUGGAAUACUUGUGGAAAGCCCACAUCGGUGUCAAAGGUGUUGUCAGCGAUAGUAAAGGUUUCAUACCGAAUGCUAUUAUUUCUGUUGUCAACUGCACCGGAUCCGUAACGAAACCGAUCCGACACGAUGUCACGACAGGUCCAUACGGUGAUUACUAUCGCUUGCUGACACCCGGACAGUACGAGAUCACGGCUACACAUACCGGUCACUUUCAAGCCUCACGAAUGGUUUCCGUACCAAAGAACCAGAAGUCUGCUAUCAUCUUGGAUUUCAGACUAGAAGAGUUUCAGGGUAAAACAAAUUGGCUCCAAGAUCUGUCUUCGUUCGGAGUUUACUCGCCUUCGUUGCGUAACAGUCAACCAAGGAUAUACAAGCGAUCUCUUUAUGAAAAAGUAGCUGAAACAAUGCUAGAAAAUAGGGAAAUCGUUAAGCAAUAAAUACGUGAUUCGAACGUGAGUAUAUUGUUAUGUAUACUUACUAAUAAACAAAUGUGUAUGUAUGUUUAGUAAUAUAUUCCAUUUUAUGACCUAAAAUUAACAGUCUCUUACUUCGAUACGUUAAUUCGAUACAGCACAUUUAUAUAGUACCUAAAUAUUUUAAAUAAAUCUAUUUCAAAUUAUACUAACAAUGCGCAUGUUAAUUGCGUGCAGAGAAAAAUUGUUAAAGUCGUCUUUUAAAGUUGCCAUAGUUAAAUUUUAUAGUGUCAGUAAUUACCAGAAAUACCUUUUUAUUACGCUACUGCACGUUUUUGGGAACAAAUCCUAAUACACUGUACAAGUUAUUUAAUAGAGUUUUCAAAUGUAAGGAGGGCGAAAUAUGAAAUGUAAGAAAUGAAAUUAUCCGAUUAAAAAAAAAAACUGAUUUAUGAUACAACAUUACUUAAAUUGCAAUUAGUCCCGGGAUUAAUUUUAUGACUUUGUGACACUGAAAUAGUAGAUAUUCAAGUGGUGCAUAUCGCCCCAAAAAAAACAAAGAUAAUAAUAUUUGAAAGCACUCCGUACACAUCACUAGACUUUAAUUAGGUACUGUACCUUAAAAGAAAAUUAACAGUGUUACCCGUCGUAAAAAAGAGAACGGCAGUUUGCGAUUGAAGUUGUGAUAGAUUGUGCACGGGUAGAUGUAAAUUGGGAGCGUAAAUAUAUUUUUCUAACCAAAUCCAUUCAAAGAGAAAAAAUGAGACAAAGAUUAGGCUAUAUAAUUAUUUAGUGUUACUGUCAAUUGUAAUUUAUCAAAAUGACAGUUAAUACCAAAAAAAGUUUGUAAAGAAUAAUGCUUUGUUUGAUUUUGAGUCUACAAAAAUAGCAUAUAAAUUUCUCAUGGAGGUAAACUAGUGUUGUAAUGUACUCUGAAACCAUAUAAAUCAAUUUGUUAUACAUAUAUUUAGUUUUUAUUAUUAUAAUAAAGAUAACGAAUACCCAUAUCUUUUGUUAACAUUUUUAAAACGAAAUCUAGUCUAAUACUUUAAUAUUAUACGAAAUUUUUAUCAAUUACAUUAUGUGAUGUUAAACGAAAUUUGUAUUACAUUGAUUGAUUGAGUUUUAAAAAAAAUGCUAGUAUCAAUUAUCGUUUCUAGUAUCAACAGAUGUUUUUUUCACACAAACGAACGAAACGACGAAACAAGGAAACAUAUUUAAUAGAUUUGUCUAACUCGACAUCCUCUCAUUUGGUAAAAUAAAAUCGAGCUCAAAAUGCAAAGCUUAACACGAGGGAAAAAACAUUAAAAACAAUAUGCAAAGUUGAAAUGUUACGAAAAAAUCAGAUUACGAGAAAAGUUCCCAAAGCACUUACGCGAAUAAAAAAUAUAGUUACCAUUUUUUUAGCGUGUAGUUAAUUAUAAAAUGAUCGAUGUAGUUAAUAAUUAAUAUGUAAUACACCUUUUUUCUAUGGUAAUAAAAUUAAUGUCUAAAAUUAAUCUACUCCGAAGACUGAUCGUUCGUCGAUCUAAAUAAGACAUUUAAAAAAAUCUUCUAACUCAAACGUUUUUUUUCUAAAAUACUGUUAGGUCUCUUACUUAACCUCAGAUUUGUGACAGUUUUUGAGAUGAACGAAGCUUUAUUCAGCAUAUUUAGUAAAAUUUAUCCUACUUUGUUCAAAUGGAUCGUAUACACGUAUCUUUUUUCGAGAGAAAUAAGAAUGCUACAAUUAUUUUUAUUUGUAAGAACACCAUGGUAACCCAUUUCCGAUAAGACAUACACGACCCUAAUUUUUGUUAUUUUGUAAACUAUCAAAGGCCGUAAUGACUUUUGCAAUCUGUAAUAAAAAAUAAUUUACUCACAAUAUUAUUCAAAUAUGAAGUUAAUAUGUAUAUAGGAAAUUAAAUGAUAUGUCAAUGCAUGAAAUGUUGUUUUAUUACAUAUGUGUUUAUAUAGAACAUAGACUGUUCAGUUAGUGAGUUAAAAAUGAUGUUCCCAAUCAUUUUUAUUGAUUGAUUUUACAAUAAAUAGAAACCUCUUACGAAAUGAUAAUUUUAACAUUUCAUCAUUUUAACAUAAUUAAAAUGGCUAAUUAAUGUAAGUGCCACUUAAUGUCAAGAUUUUUGAAAACCCGCCAUGUAUAGCAUACAAAACUGACCGCCAAUCAUCUUAUUCCGGACGGUUUGGCAUGUUUGUAGAUAUUCCGCCUACUUACAUACUGCAUCCAAACUAAACAUAAUGUAUCUAUGAAGUCGAUGUGCCCUAGAUCAUAAGGCGGCAGCAGUGUAUUGCCAUCAAGCGAUACUUUGCCGGUACUCAAAUUCUGCAUAUAUUAUAGAUACUAAUUUUUAUAAGGAAACGCGUACUUAAUAUAUGUUUACGAACUUUAAUGAAGAAAUAAUAUAUUUUAAUAAAAAAUAAACCCACAAAAUUUAUUUACUCUUCAUAAUUACUGUUGCUUGGUGCCGUGUCCUGUCUGCACCAAAGUUGUAGGUACCACCAUUCUGUCUAUUUCUACCGCGAAAUACUCCGGUUUUAAGAGUAUAAUAGCUGUCAUACAGUACAAUUGAUUCUUCAAUUUCAUAUUUCAAGAUGGCGUCCAAGUUGUGAUAUCGUUUCUAGUUAAUAUUUAGUAAUAACAUUAAAAAAGAAAUUUCAAGAUGCAUUAUUUCAAGCUUCCCUUAGUUGGGCUCUGAAUUUAUUGUAAAAUAAAGAUAACUUUAAAUUAAACAAUUUAAAUAGUGUUAAACAUUUUAUUUGAUCAAAUUUAAAAUGCUAACUUAAUUUCUAAAUAACUUUCUUUAGCACUACAAAGGUUUAACAUAUUAGUAGUAUUCUUUAAUUAUUGGUAUAUGCUUAAAAUAAAUUGUAUUGUUGGUCGCAAAAGUGUUUUUUUUUUUGGAAAAACAUUAAAAAAA